CGCGGAGGGAUCGCAGCUUCAGGACAGAGAGAGAACGGGGGGCUUCGAGAGACACAAAUUGCUGCGGAGAGAAAGUGAGGGGGGGAGACGUGAAAAGAUUGCAAACAGUCUGCAGUUUCGCAGGCAAAUGAAAAAUAACGAAUAAUACAGCAGGAGAGCGUCAGAGCGAGCGACCGAGGAAACCGCUGCAUCGGUGUGCAGAGGAAUAUAAAAAUGUCGUCUCCGAGUCCGGGUAAAAGGCGAAUGGACACCGAUGUGGUGAAACUCAUUGAAAGCAAACAUGAAGUCACUAUAUUGAGUGGACUCAACGAAUUUGUAGUGAAGUUUUAUGGACCACAAGGAACGCCAUACGAGGGGGGUGUGUGGAAAGUGCGAGUAGACCUACCGGACAAGUAUCCCUUCAAGUCCCCGUCUAUAGGAUUCAUGAAUAAAAUUUUUCACCCCAACAUUGAUGAGGCGUCGGGAACCGUGUGUCUAGAUGUCAUUAACCAGACAUGGACAGCUCUUUACGAUCUCACCAAUAUAUUUGAGUCGUUCUUACCCCAGCUGCUGGCGUACCCCAACCCCAUUGAUCCCCUGAAUGGAGAUGCAGCGGCCAUGUACCUUCACCGGCCAGAGGAGUACAAACACAAAAUUAAAGAGUACAUCCAGAAAUAUGCAACGGAGGAAGCGCUGAAGGAGCAGGAGGAGGGUGCCGGGGACUCCUCGUCGGAGAGCUCCAUGUCAGAUUUCUCAGAAGACGAAGCUCAGGACAUGGAAUUGUAGUAAAUGGAGAGGCCCUCGAACAACCAGAGACUACGUGAUUUCCUAACCAUGAGAAGCAGACUAUAAUGUUCAUAUUUAAACAAGUCAAUUUUUUUUAUUACUAAACAAAGAUUUUUUUUUUUUUUUUUUUUCUGGAUAUAGCGUUGGUGUUUCUCUCACCCUCUAGAUGUUCGCCAUCUUUCAGCCACCUCUCCUCUCCAUCCCCACUCAGUGCCGUGUAAGGGUUCCCACAAUCCACCGGGGCAGCUGCCCAACCCGCAUGCAUGUGACCGCUGCGUCCUGAUGUGCUGUACUCAUCCGUGACCGAGCAAGACAGCGAUCAAGGGGAACACACCUUUUUUCACUGGCUCAUACAGGAAAAAAGAAAAAAAAAAAA